GGCCAGACAUGAUGAUCCAUUGUGGUCCCUUCCAACUCUACAAUCUAUGAAUCUAUGAACCUUUCUGGAGAAGGACAUUCCCUUGUAACAAUAUGUGGGAUAUAUACACACUUGGCCGUAAGCCCAUUGACUUCAAUAACAACAGGGAUGAAUUUGGCCCCCGGACCUGUGGAUGGUAACAAUGGGCCAAAUGACAUCUACAAAGACCCCAGUUUGAGUUUUGCUUCACUGGGGUUCAGUAGGGCACAGUUCUGGAGCCAUGGAAGACACCACAACAGUAACAGAAAGUUUGGAAGAGGAGCUUAGCUGCCCCCUCUGCCUUGACAUCUACAAGGACCCUGUGUCUCUGAGCUGUGGCCAUACCUUCUGCCAGGAGUGUGUCCUAAAGGUAAUCAGUGCUCACCAGCAGAAGCCCUGUGAAACCUACUCCUGCCCCAUAUGCCAAGUUGACCUCCUCCCAGUUCCAAAGCUGCAGAAGAACUUCCAGCUAUGCCGGAUUGUGGAGAAGUUCCUGGCUGCCCUUCCCAAGGAGGGCUGCUGGCAGGCAAAGACAUCAGCAUCCAAGCAGGAGCAAGUUCUACCUUGCGAUUUCUGCCUCGGACAGCCUCAGCCAGCAGUGAGGAGCUGCCUGACCUGUGAUGCAUCUUUCUGCCAGGCCCAUCUGAGGAAACAUAGAAUCAAGACAGCCCAAAAAGGCCACGUUCUGGUGGAACCCAGAGGCUCUCCAGAGGAAAGAAAGUGUCCCAAGCAUGGCAAGGUGUUCAGUGCCUUUUGCCAGAAUGACCUAACCUGCAUCUGUGUGACAUGCCACAUCACCAGUUACCACAAGGGCCACCACAUUAUCAGCCUGCAGGAGGCCUGUAACCAAGGUUUGGCACGUGUCUCCCGAAUAGAGAAUAUGAUGCAAAUGUAUAUAAAUACUGUGGAUAAAGCCUUAGUGAGUCUGCAGAGGAGUGAGGAACAAGCUCAGGCCCAGGAAAAUAUUCUGAAGGACCAGCUGUCAAAUCUUUUCAAAGAGAUCCAUUCUCAGGUGGAUCAUACCAAGGUGCAGCUCUUAGACGCUAUCAAGUAUAAUAAGGAAGAGUGGCUUUCUAGGAUCCUCAGAGUAAGGCAUGUAAUGGAGCAGAAGAGAGAUGAAGCUUACCAGACCUUCUGUGAACUACAAACAGUUAGGGCUCAAGUGGAUGAUUUUAUAUUUCUUAAAGCCUUUAAAGUGACUCAAGACAGGUUUAAGCAGCAAGAUUUCAGUAUAGACUACAUGAAAGUGCUGUCACCAGCACCCAGCAUGCAACUGAAUCGAUGGACAAUGGUGAACAUUCAAAGACAGACGCAGAUCUUUGUCUCAAAGAUAACUGCAUGUCUACAACCAGGCCACAGGUCAGAGGAAGAGGAAGAUUUCCCUGUGGUUUCAAGGAAGAGAAAACGCCUAGAAAAGCUGAACCAAGAGACACUGUAUGACUGGGCCUCAAAGUCAGAGGCUAAAAGAAGAUGGCAGUCAGAUAUAGAUCCUGGAAUGUCUGCUCUGGCUCCUCCUUUACGUACAUACUACACAAAUCACUCAGAUCAUGGCUCCCCAGAACAAGCUAAGUACAUAGUGAGAUGGAGAGAACGAAAAUGGAGGAACUGACCCCGCAGACAUGAUGGGAGGUGGAUACAGGACAACGUGAGGCAAUGCUAAGUUCUGGGGAACAUGAAGAAGAAACUUAGUAAAGGAAAGAUAAGAAAUGCACCUAAUAAAUGCCAGCAUUGCCAUGACAGAGUCAGGGUCUCUGUUGUUCAGUGGUAUAUUCAGUUGAGUUGCUCAAAGGUAGGGCAAGAGGCUGGUGUGGGUCUUCUCUACAUGCAGCAAGAUAUCCACAAUUGCCAUAUGCUGCUCCAUCCCAAACUCUGGAAACAGGCAUCUAGAGGUGGCAUUUUAGGGCAAGUUGUCCAUAUGAUAUCUUGGUAUCUGUGAAACCAUACAAUCCACAAGAAAAUGGGCAUGCAUUAUCUUUCAGUAACUCACAGGUAAUGUUGCUGUGAAUUUCAUGGCUGUGAUGUUACAGUAUCCAAAGGAAUAUGGGCCCAAAUAGAUCAGCAAACAUAUCUGUUUGGUAAUUUUCUGUUUGUAUAAUAAAACAAACACCACUAUUUUCUAUA